AUGCCAAACAAAUGUUUUGUGCCAGGAUGCAAAACUGGCUAUGCCAGUUAUAACAAAAAGUUAAAAGUAGAAAAUAAAAAACCACCUAUUUUAUUUCGUGCACCAAAGAAUAAUCAAUCUCUGGAAGUUUGGAACAAACAUAUUCCCCGUGAUGAUAAAUUAUUAAGUGAAAAAGAUUAUGUUUGUGAAUUACACUUUGAGGCCACUAGUAUUAUUAAAUAUGAUGAGUUCAAUAUUACUGAAGGAGUUGUAGAAAAACUAGAAAGGACUACUCCAAUAAAUUUUUUUAAAAAACCCAAGCUUUGUGGUUCUAUUAAUGAAGAAUCUACUGUCUCUAUUGAUAUAAAUAAUAGUACAGUCAAUAUGGAGUCGUCGGAAUCGUGUGUAGUUGAACGCGCUUCAGUUACCAUGAAUACAACAAAUAACCAUGGUCAUAUAAUCUUAACCUAUGAAAAAGAUAUUGGAAAUUUUUUGAACGUCAAAAAUAUUGACGAUUGUUUAAAACAUGAACUUUUACGUAAUCCUUGGGUACCGAAUUCUACUUAUGACUUUAAAAGUGAUUUAAAAUCAGGAAGAACUCGAGCAUUUAGAUAUCAAUGGUUGCACGAAAACGGUUCAUGGUUGACAUAUUCAGCUCUUGAGGGUGUGAAAGGAGCUUUUUGUAGGUUAUGUGUGUUGUUCAAGCCAUCAAUUCAUAGAGGCGUACAAGGUGGAUUUAUAAUAAAACCAUUUACUAAGUAUAAGGAUUUUCAUGCAUCUUCUAAAAUACAUUUGUCUUCAAAUUGGCACAUUGAAUCAAUGUCAAAAGCAAAAGAUUUUAUGGAUAUUAUGAAUGGUAAAAAAAUUAAUGUUAUUGAACAAGUAAAUUCUGGAUUUCAUAAAGAAAUAGAAACUAAUAGGCUAAAAUUAAAACCUAUUAUAUCAACUAUUUUGUUUUGCGGAACUCACGACCUUCCCUUACGAGGGAAAAAAUCAGAUUCUGGUGUUUUUCAAGAUCUUUUGAAUUUUCGUAUUGAAUCUGGCGAUGAGAUACUGAAAGAUCAUUUUUUAACUAAUGUGGGAAAUGCUAAAUAUUCGUCCCAUAGAACCCAAAAUGAAUUAAUUACAUUGUGUGGACAAAUAUUAAAAGAAGAAAUAGUAUGUGAAGCUAAUGCCGCGAAUGCGUUUUCCAUUAUUGCUGACGAAUCCGCAGAUAUUUCUGGUGUUGAGCAGCUAACAAUUGUAAUUAGAUUUUUAGACAAACAGUCAAAGAUUCGAGAAGAAUUCCUUGGCUUUUUACCAUUAGAUAAAUUAGACGCAGAAUCAGUUGCUACUAAAAUUUUAUCAUUUAUGGAAGAUAGUGGCCUUAAUUUAAGUAAAUUUUGUGGACAAGGUUAUGACGGUUGUGCUACAAUGGCUGGCAAAUAUGAAAAUAAUCUCAAAAUACAGCGCUAUCCUAGAACCGGUUACAAAUAUUUUACAAGGUGUAUCAAUGGAGCUUUAUAA